GGAUACGUGGAGCGUAGAGCUUCCAUAAGCGUUCUGGCCACCGCGCGGUGCGUUCGUGUCGCUCGCCAGCGUUCGAAUUUCGAAUGUUCCCCCACGAGGUUGGAAUCGUCGUAAAUUGAUAAUUUUCACGAAAAAUGGUAUCCGUGACGUAGUGCUGUGUUGUGAGUGACGGAAUGUUUUAAGAGUGACGCAUGUUUGUUUCAAACAUCGACGUCGUUACGUUAAAUGGCACUCGGCCGAUGUAAACACAAAGCCGAAAUGAGAUGAGUAUGCGUGUGGCGUGGGCACGGUGGUACUGGAUCGUUAUAUUCACGACGUGCGCUGCCAGGACUGCGAGCGAUUGGCUAGAUUGCGCUCACAUAUCCACUUGCCGCUGCAAAUGGUCCUCGGGGAAAAAGACAGCCACCUGCGCCUCCAGUGACCUCCGGCGCCCGCCUUCACUUUCUUCCGACAUCCAAGUGCUCGAUCUACACGACAAUCCAUUAAGGAACCUACCUCAAGAAGUAUUCGCUAACAUUGGCUUACUGAAUCUUCAAAGAGUAAAUUUGAGAGCAACCCACUUGAGAUCUAUACAUCCCGACGCAUUUCUAGAAUUAAGAAUACUAAUUGAAGUAGAUUUAGCUGACAACGACCUAUCUAAUCUGCCGAGAGACAUUUUUAGAGGCAACGAAAGACUGCGUUUAGUGGUAUUGAGCAACAAUCCAUUGACGAAUCUAGUUGCAGACCAAUUCCCACCGCUACCGCAUUUACGAAUGCUUCUGCUUGACGGAUGCAGACUACGUUCUUUACACACAAAUUCUUUGCGUAACUUAAAAUCACUAGAGACUAUUGAUUUGCGCAGGAAUCAGCUAACAUUCCUACGUCUAGUAACCUUUUCACUUCCGGCAUUAAAAACUGUUUCGCUGUCGGGCAACCCGUGGCGAUGUGACUGCAGACUACGUGAGUUUAAGGACUGGUUUUUAGAUAGUAAAUUAGGUACUGAGGACUUAGUGUGCGUUGAACCUUCAACAAAAGCGGGAAACAAGUGGCGAAACGUUUCUAGUGAGAGUAUGGCGUGCGCGCCUGAAGUAAGAUCAAGCACAUUGGUUGUGAGGGCAGAAAUUGGAGUAGCAUCAUCGUUUGGAUGUUGGGUUCACGGAGUUCCAAAACCUCAAGUGAUAUGGCUACUAGAUGGUGUAAAUAUCCACAACAGUACCAUUGACUGUGACAUGGAAGAAAACGAAACUCUAAUAGAUGACGAGUCCGAGGAGAGGGUACCUGGUAGCGUCCGCUGGGUGAAUAUAACUCUAAUGAAUGUAACAUCGAGUGCUGCUGGAGAAUGGACGUGUGUUGCCAGAAGUUCGGCUGGCGAAGCAAGAGCUGUUAUAAGUUUAGUAUUACCUCGAUCCCAAACAGCUACUGCUCGUACUGCUCCUGGUAUACCGCAGCUUUUAGGAGUUGUAUUUGGUGCAUUAGGCAUCUUAGCGUCCCUUGGCUUUAUAGCAGCCGUGGCAUGCUGGCAUUUGCGUAGACGAUCAGUGCCCCCUAGUAGAAGCUUUACAGACCAGGAGAAACGUUUGAUUGAUGCGUCAGUGGUCGUUAGUUGUGAUCGAUCGAUUGGAGAUUUGGCAUCCCCUUGUGAUUUUGAAUUGACUGAGCAAUCAAUAUCUGAAGAAAAUCAGCCGAGGGGGUGCGGAUUUGAACCUGUUCAUAUAACAAUAGAAGGAACGCCAGGAGCUUUUCCACCACCCCCAGCAGAGUUUGCUGUUCCAGUACCAUAUGGCAAUAUUUUUAUAUCUGUCCAAGUUUCUGGAAGAGGAGAACCAGGAAAAUAUCCUGAUUUGUUGAGUGGUGGAGCAACUUUACCGAGACGAAGCAAGACUUGCUGUGGCACUCCGGCAUAUGAUAAUAUGGGGCCUAGAGUGACAGCUACUGGAAGUUCAACGUGGUCUUUACCAGGAGCUAGCUCAGAAAAUCUUCAAGUAUCAGAGACUCCCGUUUUAACCCUGCCACCACCACCGCCGGAAUUUGUUUCCCUUUAGCCAAGGCCUCUGGUACUAGACGCCUCGGCAUUGAGGUGACCUGGUACCACCCAACUUUAAGUCAAUUAGACAAUUCCCCAAUUUUAAUCGAUUUAUUAUAAUAUCUACGUGAUUCAUAUAAAUGUAAAUACUAAAGUGCUAAGUUUGAACGAUGUGUGACAUCUUGUGAGAUAUAAGUAAGGUGGUUAUCAAUAAAAAAAUUAAAAUUGCAUAUAAGGAAAUUGUUAUUGUGUUGGGACACUGAGUGCUCUGAAGGGAGUAUGAUGUUUUGUUUCAUUUGUGGAGAAAGUGUAUAUACCUGUCAAUUUGAAAUAUGUCUUUUUUAUUAAAGUUAAAAUAUUAUGAACAAUUAUUUAAUGAGUUAAUACAAAAACGGCGAAAUUAUCUAAGUUAUUCUAUUGAUUAAACCAUAUUAAAAGGCAAAUGAAUAGCGCGAUUUAUUCGCUUCUACUUAUUGUUUUAGAUGUUUCGGAAUUUUCAGUGAGUUGUUAUCAAUGUUCAACUUUAAGUAGAUGUAGUAUUGGUAAUAAAACAUUCACAAUUUUCCAAUAUCUCCAGAAAUGAAACAACAAUGAUUUUGUCAAAUUUAUUUCGUAGAUGUUAUUUUAUCUCUUUUGCAUAAGUGUCUUCCCAACUUUUGUAAAUAUGUAUUAUUUAUUCGAAUUGUACAAUCUUCCCAAACAUAAGACUGACCCUUUUUGUCUUUUUUGUCUCUCUUUGUAACUUGACAAGUAUGUAUAGAGCUGUACACUCCACUUAAGUAUUCAACAGCAUAGCUUCUAAAUAUUUCUUUCAAAGUAAAUUAUCUAAUGUAAAGAAAAUAAACUGAUCAGGAUAUUUUUUGCUGUUUUAUUGUAAUACUUCUUUGAGUAACAAGAAUUUUUUUCACUCAGCGAAUCGAAAAUCGAAUAAUCUUUUAAAAGACUCCAGAUGAAUAGCAG